GAAGGUGGUAGAGCUUGCCAGCCAGGCCCAAGAUAGUUGGGGCAUGUUUAUCUGCAUUAAACAUGGAGUUGAGGGUCCCGGACUCCUGCCUCAAGAUGCUAAGCUGUGUGCAUAAUUCUUGCCCUGGGAGAAGGCUGAAUCACAGGACCCCUCACAAAUAGGAAAAAGAUUGCAGAAGGAUGCCACCUCCGGCAAAAGACAACCAGCAAUUCCUGGCCAACAUCCACUGCUCAGUCUUACUCCUAAUGCAUUACCUGCGUGCCAAGGUGGGACUGGAGAGGACAGAUCCCAUUGACUUGUGUGAAGAGAAUGGGACCCUGAAGCUACUUUUCUUGGUCAAGUUCCCAGAAGACAGCGCCAGCAAGUUCCUCACUCCCCGGGUUGUCUACUACGUAUGUAAGGUGGAGCGUGGAGUGCCAGGAACCAAACAUGAACAUGGCUACCGGGCCUUUCAUCCUGUAUUCAACAACCCUCCGACAGAUUUGCUGGACUCCCUGCGCAACCAGUGUGACUUCCUGGAGAAGAGCCGCCUCAAGAUGCUCAAGAGCCAAGAUGGCAAGAAGCCCCCGACCAUGGAGUCACUCCUGUCUAGCAUGGCAGGCCAGGUGGUGGCACAGGGGAAAAGCACUGGGAAGUCCGGAGCGAGCCUGUCCAGCGGCCUAGAUGAGGAGGGCAUCCCUCGGAAGACAACUGCAGCUGCCAAGGCUAGGCUGGAGGCCAGCAGGAGGGACAAGCACCGCUGAGAAUCCGAGCAGAGGCCCAGAAGGAGAUGCUUUCCCCUCUGGGGGGGCUGUGGUGCAGCGGUGUGGGGCUGCUGCAGCCCACCCCCACUGUGAGCUUGAAUAAAGGCACCUUGGGCCAGGA